GGACGUUUAAAGUGCAAAUAUGUGUGCCGAUAAAUGAAAUUGAAAAUGGUAUUUUAGGCGAAAUUAAACGAUCAGUUCGUCGUCGCGAAAUGAAAUGACACCUUUGGGCUAUUAAUUUGAACGAAUUUCUCUCUAAAUUGAAUUUCUACAAAAUUCAAAGGAAUGAUAUAGAACGGAAUUGAACGCUGAAUAAAUAAAAAUGAACCAUGUGUGCAGAGGGUGGACGAAAUAUUUCGAAUUUGAACGUCCUUUCAUUAAUUUAAAUGCAACUCUGAUGAAAUUGGGCAGGAAAACCUAUAUUAAGUGUGUGUUUCAGUUUUACCAGACCUGUAUCAGUCAGAUAGGAUUAUUUACGUCUGAGGCCAACCUUUUUUAAUGUCACCAUCCGAAGUCCGUCACGUCACCAUCCGAGAGGCAAUCGGUGAAAUCGCUCAAGCCUAUCAUGGUCAAAGAAUCGUAGGAUUUGUUUUCUUGACCACUGUAAACGUGAGGACAAUAGACCCAAAGCUUUAGAAAGCAUUAUUUACCUCCAUGCUAUUACAUAACGAUCCGAGGACAUGUUACAAUCCCCAUUAAACGCCAAGACAGUGCGGAGAAGACCAGACGUUAAUAGAAUUUCGGAAAAUCGCGCGGUGAAUCCAAGGUUUUGGUCAAUAGGUCCAGAUCCCGAUCCAUAUAUAAUAUUCUUCUUUUCGUUUGAUAGCCAGCCAGAUAAUUGUACCUCGACAUGAUGCUAUGUUCGAACCAGCAGAUAUCGAUCUAUAUUUGCUAUCAGCGAUUGUCUUGAAGGAAAGCGCCAUGCAGAAUGGAAUGCCCUGAUAUCUUACCGGGUUGAGCUAGAAGUUCUUUUUAUAUCUUUUGUAUGGAGCAGAGAUGGACAAGUGACGAUGAAUUUGUGAUAAAUCAUAGAGAAGCUUGGUAAAGACAGUGUUAUGAUUGAUUUGUUUCUACGUAGGACUAUCCCGAGAGUUUUCGAAUCAAAAGUGCAACAUGCGGUACAGUAAGCUUCAGAUACUGCUGCUACUCUGCACAGCGGUAGGAUUCGCCAUCUUAUUCCUUGAUCUCCGCCCUGCAACCACCUACGUAACAUUCCCAUCCUCUUCUAACACCAUCAACCGGUUCAGUGAAGUACAACCCAACCAGAGGUUCUCCGCAAACAUUUUUGCUGGGAUCAAAGACCACUUCUUUCCGAGUCAAUGCAAGCCCGCCCUCUCCGUUGUCUUUGUCAAGACGCAUAAGACUGGGAGUACUACCAUGUCUAGUGUGAUCAACAGGUUUGGAUUCUCGCGGAAUGAUUCCUUCUUGCUUUACAAAAACGAUACAAGCCAUGGCCAUUUUCGCCAGACCAUCCUAAGCGAUGUUCGUGAGCUAUUACCUCCCCUCGGCAUCUCCUCGGGAGAAUAUGAUUCUUAUCGGGAUUUCGACAUCAUGUCAUCACAUGUUCGGUUUUUACCAAAUAUCGAGUUCCUGAGAAAGUACAUGAGACAAGGGUCCAGGGCUAUCACAGUGCUACGUGAGCCUACAAGGCAAUGGGAAUCGGCAUUUAUUUUCUUUAACUGUGCCAAGAUGAUGCAGAUUCUUCAUAAAAAUGCUACAGAAAAAAUCGAAACAUUCUUCACCUCUCCUCUGGCUUACUGGAACAGCACCGUAGAUGGGCAGUGUAAGUACUACUCGAGGAACGGUAUGUGGUAUGAUCUUAGUUCAAACACUGCCAUUUAUACAAACGAGAGUGAAGUCUAUCGAGAACUCGAGAUCCUAGACCAAACCCUGGACCUGGUUCUAAUUACUGAAUACCUGGAUGAAUCGCUGCUCCUCUUGAAGAAACUGAUGUGCUGGGAAUACGAAGAUAUUCUUUACCAUACACUGAACCAGCGAAAUGCAACAUCAGUGCUGAAUAAGUAUCAUGAAGACCACAUUAGAAAAUGGAAUAGGGCCGAUGUCAUUCUCUAUGGUCACUACAACAGGACGCUGUGGAGGAAAGUCCAAGAAUACGGCCCCUCCUUUGAACGGGACCUGACCCACUUUAGGACGUUACUAAAGGAAUACAUGAUACUAUGUGGAAUAGGAGAUACGAUUCCCAGAAGCAAAAAUAGAAUAGCGUUCGUAGCACAUAACAGCAGCAGUCUAUGUCAGAGUCUAGUCUCGGAUGGUAAUUCAAUGAUUGUAAAUCGACAAAAGACCCCCCUACAUCUGUAGGACUCGACCCGGGCUGCACUAUCAUCAUGCUAUUUGAAUCACGUGAUAUUUAUCUACCCUUUCCCCUUUUGGGGGGACUCUUAGUUGAAGAGUUUGACUUGCAAUUUAAAGUUAUUAUAUGUUGUAAUUUUUCGGUUAAUACUUUCAAUCAGUCAAGUACUAUACUUCUAGACAAGUGACAAUGAUUCUCAAAGAUAGAGACAAUGAAUGAUGAAAAUGAUUUUCUCGACAUAUUUCACCCUCAUUUGAAUAUUGAAGGCCUAUCAUCAUUUCUUUCCACAUGAUGUAAUUCUUUCUUAGAAGAUUUUUCGAGAAAACAAAAGCCUUGAUUAUUUUUUAAUUAUUUAAUUUUUGUAGUUUUUUUUUUUUUUGGGGGGGGGGAGGGGUGGAAUAUGUUUGGUAAAUUCUGUACCACUAUUCUGGAAGUCUAAAAUGAAAAAUUCAGAAAUGAUUUGUUGCCUCACCAUUACACUGUAUAGCUAGAAAGAUUAAAUUUCUAAACCCACCCCCCCCCCUCCUCCCCAGGAAAAGGCAAUAGUUUGGCAAUGCGGCGGCACCACAGGGGUAUUAACCCCUUAUGAUUUUUUCUAAUAAUUAGAAGAGAAGGGAAGGGGGUGGAGAAAAAUCAAUAAGAAAAUAAAAGAAGGAAGUUUUGGCCAUUUGAUUCUAGACAGUAAUUUGGUUAAGCGUGCUGUUUAAGCCCGUCACUCUAAAAACAAAUUGUUUAAACUUUUAAAUAUUGCAAUUUUCUUAUACAUCUCUUUAAAACGUUUAAACAACUUGUUUAAAACUUUAAACAACAUCAAACAGUAUUGUACUAGUGACGGGCUUAAACAACGUGCUGGACAUUUUAAACGGUGUUUUACAGAGUAUAUAUCACGGAAUUCCGUGGUAUAUACCACUAUUGUAUUCAAUUUAGGUUAAAGGGCACUACUUCUAGAUAGUCUUGACCCCCCCGCCACAUAUCAAAUAACUUUGCAUUUCCCCUAUUGUUGCGUUGCAUCUAACAAAUGAAUAUCCCGUUAUGAAUGCACCAUGUGCUUGCCAACACUGAGAAAGGGAAAACAAUCGAUGCAUCUCGGUAAAUCUUGGUUUAAAAUGACCAUGAAGUACAAACUUGUUAAGGCAUCCGGUCUUAAAGGUCCCAUCUUUAAGUACGGUCUUAUCAGUAACAUAUGCUUAAGGUCUUAAGUAGCUCAUGGUGCACAAUGACACUUUGGUGCACAAUGACAUCAUGGUGCACAAUGACAUCAUUUUCAAUUAUUCCAUAUUUUUAAAUGUAGACUGGAUAAAAUAUUUUCUUAUUGUCGAGACAUACCACAUUAUGUGCCAAGCAUGUGUUUUAUUAUGCUUCAAACUAUCCUCGUUUUUGCAAUAGAAAUAAACGACCAUCGUAUUUCUUUAAACCAAAUUGUGUUAUGUAUUUUCAUUCUUUUGAUGAAAUUUUAUGAAGUAUAAAAAUUAUUUCACAGGACCAAGAUCUUUUACAUUAAAUAAUCGACAAAAAAAUUAGUGAGUGGAUGAUGUUAUCUAAAUUGCAUGCAUGUCAUUAUGUACAUAUGUCUGUUAAUUGUGAAAAUAAAGUGAAACUUAAAAAAUGUCUUUCAUAUUUUAUAUCCGAUUUUGAUCGAAAUUAUGUCAACGUUAUAUGCUUCAUCAUCGGUUGUUUGGGUGGUCUUUUUUACCUUAAGAUAUUUGUUCACAUAUUUGUUCAUGUUUAUGAGAUAAUAACUAAUAAAUCAUUGAUUAUUA